CCCCCCCCUGCCCCCCCACGCCAGGCCAAGUCCAAGUACCUGAAGAACAUCCGCCAGUUCAUCAUGCCUGUGGUGAGUGCCCGCUCCUCCCGCCUCAUCAGGACCCCCAGGCGCUUUGUGGACGACGAGGGCGGGGCUGAGAGGGGAGGGGGCCCUCGGGCCAUGCCGGCCCCCGAUCCCUGCCCCCCUCCCUCGGGCAGGGGCCCCGGGCGUCCCCGGCGCAACCCCACAGCCCCCACCCCAUGCCGCCCCCCUACGUCCGCACAGCCGGCAGACCCGCAGCCCGGGAGCCUCUCCUCCCCUCCAUCCCCUGCCCCCCAGCUCUCAGCCCUCCCUCCCAGCGGUCACCGCUCCCUCCUGCGCCAGCCCACCUUCACCUGGGGCACCCCUCCUGACCGGCCUGAGACCCCCCGGGGGGUCUUCGGGGGUCUCCAUCUCUCCCCUGUCAGCCACAGCGCUGCGCUGCCACCCCCCUACUCCUGCCUUGCCCCUGACCCAGCUUCAGAGGAGGGGUCCACCCCCGAACCGCGCCCCCUGGAGCCACCCCCUUCGCCCCCCGCCCACUCCAUGAGGACCCGCAGCUGGCGUCCUGAGCCAGGCUUAACACACCCCCAGGCCCCUCCCCCUUCCCCUCCACCACCCCCUGGACCCCCAGAGACAGAGCCCCGCCUCUCCCCCCAGGGGGAGCAGGAUGAGAGGGACACGCCAACUCCCAGCUCCUCUCCUCAACCCCCGCCCAGCUCGCCACCCCUCCCGGGGGUUCAGGAGCAUGGGGACAGCACAGCCCCACAGUCCCCCGAAGGCCGAGAGGGGGAGCAGGGGGAGGAGGAGGAGGUGGGAGGGGUUUUGGAGGGGCCCACCGAACGAUCACGGGACAGGGAGACCCAGACGGACGGUGGUCCGAAGGCGGAGAGCGUUGGGGAUGUGAGCCCGGGAGGGGAGCAGGAGGAGGGUUCCGUAACUCCCCCGUUGGAGCUAAGCAAGGAGAUGGAGCUGGAGAGGACCCAGAACCUGGCCAAUCACUCGCUUUGUAUGUCCGCCAUGGACAAACGCAUGGUCAACCUCCUGAAAGCUGCCAAGGUCCAGCUCAUCAAAAUCGACCAGCAGAAACACUGGAAGUCACAGCAGCAGCUCACUUUACAAACUGGCCGAGAUUUGAAGGUUCCUGUGAAAGAGGAGGGGGUGUUGAUGGACAAGUCUGACACUGACAGCGAUCAGGAGGAUGUGGAUGCCAUGAAACGUAAACUUGGUACCGAUUCUCCACCACCGGAUGAGAAGAGACCCAGAGUGGAGCAGGCACAGACCACUCCGGGCCCACGGAUCAAGCACGUGUGUCGGCGUGCCGCAGUGGCAUUGGGUAAACCGCGGGCAAUGGUUCCCGUCGACAUCCCGCGGCUCAGUGCCCUGCCCAUGCAUGAGCGAGGCAGCAUCAUGACUACACCAAUGGACGCGGACACCUCGUCCUCCGAGCCUGAGAGCCCGGUGCCCGUGCUGUCUGCCGUGAAGACCGAGAGGGAGGCGGAAGGGAUGCCCGAGGUGACCGAGGCUCUGCUGCCGACUCCGGUGGAGGAAGAGGCCAAGCCGCCCCUGGCCAUUGGCCAGCCCAAACGCCGUGGGAACCGGUGCGGCAGCUGCAAAGGGUGCCGUAACCUUGCCGAUUGCGGCAAGUGCGUUAACUGCCUGGACAAGCCCAAGUUCGGCGGCCGCAACACCAAGAAGCAGUGCUGUGUAUGGCGGAAGUGUGACAAAAUAGAGCGAAAACGGCAGGAACGCCUCGCUAAUGUGAGACGUCCCUGCUCCUGUACCCUGACCCCCUUUGCCAGCAACGCCAACAUACCCCUUCCCAACUUGACCACCCGCUGCUCCCGCGAUGCCUACUUUCAGCAACAGAUCUUUCUGGAGCACCCCUCUCCCAAUCCAUCUCCGUUCACAGGACGGCCGGCCUUCCGAAACCUCAUUCCCGGAGUGGAUAACCUGACGUUGAUCCAUGUUGCCUUUUGGGUGUAA